GCUAGCAUCUCACGAGAGGACCGCCGCUGUCCGGAUCCUCUCCUCCGUGUGUGUGUGAGCCGUGAACGCUGUUCAACGUGUCUGAUACCGCCUCUGCAGUCACCGUUCGCCCUUUUUAUAGACACGGUAGUGAUCGAUGACGGCUUUGGUCGGCCAUGGCUGUCGUGUCAUGGAAGGAGAUGUUACUUUUGACUGGACUGGUGGUGGCGUGCUACUGGAACAGCGUGGCGUGCGGCUUCGUGUUUGACGACGUGUCGGCGAUCCUCGACAACAAGGACCUGCGGCCCUCGACCCCGCUGCGCAGCCUCUUCCUCAACGACUUCUGGGGAACGCCGAUGUCCGAGGAGCGGAGCCACAAGUCUUACCGGCCGCUGACGGUGCUCACCUUCCGCCUGAACUACGUGUUCAGCGAGCUGAGCGCCGCGUCCUACCACCUGCUCAACGUGCUGCUGCACGCCGCCGUGUGCGUGCUGUUCCUGCGCGUGUGCCGACUGUUCCUGGACCGCACGACCAGCCUGGUGGCCGCGCUGCUGUUCGCCGUGCACCCCAUCCACACUGAGGCUGUCACAGGUGUGGUUGGCAGAGCUGAACUGCUUUCCUCAAUCUUCCUCCUGGCUGCUUUCCUGGCCUACACCAAAUCCACAAGCGCAGACCACUCCAUCGUCUGGGCCCCCAUCGCCCUGACGGUGGUCCUGGUGGCGGCGGCCACGCUGUGCAAGGAGCAAGGCGUCACCGUCAUCGGCAUCUGCUGCGUCCACGAGGUGUUUGUUGCGCAAGGGUUCACCUUGCCCGCGCUGCUGACCACGCUGCUCCGGGCGCUGCGGGGCAAAGACGGCUUCCCGUACGCCGUCCUGCAGACGCUGCUGAAGCUCAUCGUGCUCAUCAUCAGCACCCUGCUGCUCGUCAUCGUCAGGGUGCAGGUCAUCCAGUCGCAGCUGCCCGUCUUCACCAGGUUUGACAACCCGGCGGCCGUAAGCCCCGCCCCCGCCCGGCAGCUGACCUUCAACUACCUGCUGCCGGUGAACGCCUGGCUGCUGCUCAACCCCUCGGAGCUGUGCUGCGACUGGACCAUGGGCACCAUCCCCCUGGUGGAGUCGGCCCUGGACCCCCGCAACCUGGCCACGCUGGCGUUCUACGGCGCUCUGGGCCUGCUCGCCGCCCACGGCCUGCGCCACCGGCACGCCUCGGCCAGGACCGUCCUCAUGGCCCUGUCCCUCAUCGUGCUGCCCUUCGUCCCUGCGUCCAACCUCUUCUUCCCCGUGGGCUUCGUGGUGGCGGAGCGGGUCCUCUACGUGCCCAGCAUGGGCUUCUGCGUGCUCGUCGCCCACGGGUUCAAGAUGGUGUCCCAGAGAGGGCGCCUGAAGAAGAUGUCCUGGGUGGUGAUCGGCAUGCUGCUGGCCACGCACGCCGUGAAGACUUUCCGGAGGAACUGGGACUGGGAGUCCGAGUACACUCUGUUCACCUCGGCCCUGAAGGUGAACAAGAACAACGCCAAGUUGUGGAACAAUGUGGGCCACGCCCUGGAGAACCAGAACGACUACCUGAAGGCGCUGCAGUACUUCCUCCAGGCCACUCGGGUCCAGCCAGAUGACAUCGGGGCCCACAUGAAUGUUGGAAGAACCUACAAGAACCUGAACAAGUCCAGAGAGGCAGAAGAUGCCUACCUGGUCGCCAAGUCCCUGAUGCCACAGAUCAUUCCCGGGAAGAAGUACGCGACGCGCGUGGCGCCGAACCACCUGAACGUCUACAUCAACCUGGCCAACCUGAUCCGGGCCAACGAGUCGAGGCUGGAGGAGGCCGACCAGCUGUACCGGCAGGCCAUCAGCAUGAGGCCGGACUUCAAGCAGGCCUACAUCAGCAGAGGGGAGCUGCUCCUGAAGAUGAACAAGCUGUCGGAGGCGCGCGACGCCUACCUGCGCGCGCUGGAGCUGGACGGCACCAACGCCGACCUGUGGUACAACCUGGCCAUCGUCAACAUCGAGAUGAAGGACCCGCCGGGGGCCCUGCGCCAUUUCAACCGGGCCCUGGAGCUGAACCCGCGCCACAAGCUGGCCCUGUUCAACUCGGCGCUGCUCAUGCAGGAGUCCGGGGAGCAGAAGUUCUGGCCCGAGGCCAACCGGCGCUUCCUGUCCUACGUGGAGGAGGAGCCCAAGGACGCCAACGGCUACUUCAACCUGGGCAUGCUGGCGAUGGACGCCGGCGAGAGCGCGGCGGCGGAGCGCUGGAUGCGGCGCGCCGUGGGGCUGCAGGCCGGCUUCCGCAGCGCGCUGUUCAACCUGGCGCUGCUGUACUCGCAGCAGGCCGGCCGCGAGGAGGAGGCGCUGCCGGCGCUGGACGAGCUGCUGCGGCACCACCCGCGCCACGUCAAGGGCCUGAUCCUCAAGGGAGACCUCCUCAUGAACCACCGCAAGGACACGCGCGGCGCCAAGGCCUGCUUCCUGCGCAUCCUGCGCGCCGACCCGGGCAACGUGCAGGGCAAGCACAACCUGUGCGUGGUGUACUUCGAGGAGCGCGACCUGCCGCGCGCCGCCGCCUGCCUGGAGGAGACGCUGGCCAUGGCGCCCGGCGAGGAGUACGUGCGCCGCCACCUGAGCAUCGUGCGCGGUAAGAUGGCGGCCAUGAGCGCGGCGGGGCGGCCGCUCGCUCCGGAGGUCGGGGUCGCGGAGGGCGAGGGGGAAGCCGAGGAGGAGGAGGAAGGGCGGGACGCCGAGAAGAAUGCCAGGAAAUCCUCCGCGGAGAGCCUCGGAGGCGAGAGCCAAUCGGAGGCCCCGGUUGGUCGCCAUGCCGAUGAGCCGCCGCCGGCGGCUAAGUCCACCGAGGAGAUUAAAGACAUCGAGAACAAGAGGGCGGCCGCCCUGAGGAGGCUGGAGGAGAUCGAGCGCAUCCUGAGCGGAGACUGACUCUUCUGGACCCCCCCCAACAGUAACCAUGGAGACUAAAGGGAAUCCACAACAAGCACAAGAGCCGCUGGAGAGGACAACUGUUGUUCCUCAUGUGGUCAUUGUUUAUCAGGGGUACCCCCCCCCCCCCUCCUGUGUUUAUUGUUUCAAACAGAUUGAUUGUACCGGAGAACAAUUAAAGGAAAUGACGUGACCUUCCCCCUGCGCCUCCUCACUGAGAGCCAUCUAGAGGCCAUGCCCCCCCCCAUGAUACUGUAAGCUACCCGCUAUGCAUCCACCUCUUUGUGCUAUGCAGUUCAUGUACAUACAUUUAUAUAUUUAUUAUCUUUAUAUUAGCACUGCGUUUACCACUCUACUCUAACACGUGUGUAACUUUGUCUCCCAGUGAUCAUAUAUGAUCAUUAUAUCAUGACGUGUGAACCACUAGUGAUCAUAUAUGAUCAUUAUGACGUGUGAACCUCUAGUGAUCAUAUAUGAUCAUUAUCACGUCUAACCAACGUGUCAUGAGCCCUCAUGAAGUCACCACAACAGAAUAUCACAUGGUUUACAUUUUGUCUGAUUUUUGUCUUUUUUUUAAUGAGGAGGAGGAGGAGGAGGAGGUGGAGGUUCUGAAAUAAAGGUAGCUGACAGCU